UAACUAACUAACUAACAAGCGUGCGUUUAAAACAUUUCAUUCUCUAUUGUUCGGCCGCCGUAGAGAGCUGCCCUGUGGAGAGGCGUCUGAUUUUCGAGGGAACUCUUUCUCCCAGUGUGAGCGCCGUAAAUAUCUCAACAGAUGCUCGGCUUGUUCGUAAUCAGCUCGGCUCCUCGGCGGGCAGCGCGGCAGCGGCGGCGGCGGCGGCGGCGGCGGCAGCAGCAGGGUAUUAAUUCGGGAUAUGAGGGCUCUCCGCAACAUUUGGUUCUUUUUUCCAGAAAGGAAAGAUGGAAAAGGGGAGGGAUCGCCCGUGAGUCUGACUGACAGUUUACAUAAUGAGCUUGUGAGGAUGCGAGGCAACUAUAUAAACAGCUCAAAGCCAACCAAGUUUUCCAUUUACUGAGCGCGCUGUUAGCACCGGUUAAAGGAGGAGCGGUUCCACACUAAGCACUCCCCUCCGCGUCUCUCACCAAACCCACCCGGCUCUGGAGUUUAUAAAGGCGACGACAGCGAUCAGAGGUCGGCGGCUGCCUGCAGGAUUAAUUCCCAGAAGGGGACGGAUCGACACCUGGAUUUUACUUUCCAAUUUCUACCCGUGCUCGGGGAAUAUCUGGAAGAGCAGGUUGCUCUAGGAGAAUCGCCGUGACGCCUCUCUUUUCUCCCUCGACCGAGAAGCGCUUGCUUGGACCAUUUGAGGAAUACAGAAGGGAAAACUAAACCCACUAAGAACUGAAACCUCGAAUAACAAGGAUGACAGCCUUGCGCAUCUUUGGCUUGACGUUUCUGUUAACGAUUUUGCAGCAGAGGGUGUCCGGCUCUGGCGUCUUCCAGCUGGAGCUGCACGAAUUCGUGAAUAGCCACGGGUCUCUGGCCAGCGGGAAGCCCUGCUCCCCCCACUGCAGGACCUUCUUUCGCGUUUGUUUGAAGCAUUUUCAGGCAGUGGUCUCCCCGGGCUCUUGCACUUUCGGCAGCAUCAUCACCCCAGUUCUGGGAAUAAACUCCUUCAGCAUCAAGGAUACAGAGAGAUUUGACAGCCCCAUUAAGCUGCCCUUUAACUUCACGUGGCCGGGAACCUUCUCCCUGAUCAUCCAGGCCUGGCACGCGCCUGCCAACUACCUGCCGGAAGGCUCCCGGCCGCCCCCGGAGGAGUGGCUCAUCAGCCAGGUGUCGAUCCAGCGGUCGCUGUCGGUGGGCGAGGACUGGUCGCAGGACGUGCACCAGGGCCCACUGACCCAGCUGCGCUACUCCUACCGCGUGGUGUGCAGCGAGAACUACUACGGCGAGAGCUGCUCCCGCCUCUGCAAGCGCCGCGACGACCGGUUCGGGCACUACGUGUGCGCUGCGGACGGCAGCCUGGCCUGCCUGCCCGGCUGGGCCGGCGAGUACUGCACCGACCCCAUCUGUCUGGCCGGAUGUACUGAACAGAAUGGGUAUUGCAACAAGCCUGGAGAGUGCAUCUGCCGUCCUGGUUGGCAAGGCCGCUACUGUGAUGAAUGCAUACCCCAUAUAGGCUGCCGUCACGGGACUUGUAAAACACAAUGGCAGUGCAUAUGUGAUGAAGGAUGGGGUGGCCUCUUCUGCGAUCAAGAUCUGAACUACUGCACUCACCACAGACCAUGCAAAAACGGAGCAACUUGCAUGAACACCGGCCAGGGCAGCUACACGUGUGCGUGCAAACCCGGCUUCACUGGUGUCGACUGCGAACAUGAGAUCAGCGAGUGUGACAGCAAUCCCUGUAGGAAUGGCGGUAGUUGCACGGACAUGGAGAAUGGUUAUCGCUGCCUGUGCCCCCCUGGCUACUAUGGCACUCACUGUGAGCACAGCGCUUUGACGUGCAUAGAUUCUCCGUGCUUUAAUGGUGGCACAUGUUUGGAAAAAGAACAAGGGGCCAGCUACAGUUGCGUUUGCCCUUUUGGCUUCACGGGGUCAAAUUGUGAAAAAAAAGUAGACAGGUGCACAAGCAACCCCUGCGCAAAUGAUGGUAGUUGCUUUUACCUUGGGCAGAUUCGUGUGUGUCGUUGUCGGGCUGGUUUCUCUGGUCAGAAAUGUGAGAUAAACAUCAAUGAUUGUGCCAGAAACCCGUGUUCCAAUGGGGGGACUUGUCAUGACCUAAUCAACGAUUACACCUGCACAUGUUUGCCAGGCUACAGUGGCAGGAACUGUGACAUCAAAACCCGAGAUGAAUGUGCUUCUGGGCCAUGUGAGAAUGGAGGCACAUGCUACAGUGGACUUUACAGUGCCAACUUUGUCUGCUACUGUCCUUCUGGCUUCAUGGGUAACCGCUGCGAAUUGCCAGUUUAUUCAGUGCCCGUUACACUUCCUCCUAAACCAGUCCCCUGGAUUGCUAUAUCCAUGGGGGUGGGUCUGGUGGCUUUGCUCAUACUGUUCUGCAUGAUAGCAAUGGUCAUCAGGCAGAUGAGGAUGCACCCAGAGCAGGAGUUGGAGACAAUGAACAACCUUUCUGACUUCCAGAAGGACAAUCUCAUUCCAGCUUCCCAGCUCAAAAACACCAAUAAAAAUAAAGACCUUGAAGUGGACUGUGGGCUGGAGAAAUCAAACUACAAACCCAAGAAUCAUAAACUGGACUACAAUCUGGUAAAAGACCUGACGAGUAGAGGGACACCAGAAGAUAAAUAUUACAAAAGUGAAAAGUGUUUAGGAGAGAAGUCUCCUCUCCGACUACACAGUGAAAAACCGGAAUGCAGGAUAUCGGCGAUAUGCUCUCCGAGGGACUCAAUGUACCAAUCUGUCUUUGUGAUAACAGAAGAAAGAAAUGAGUGCAUCAUAGCCACAGAGGUAAGUAAGUGCAGAGGUGGAUAGGCAUAAAUUUACAAAGUAAAGGGGUAAAUUAUUCUCUAGUAUUGUAUCUGAGAAAGUUACUCUAUUUCCCAGGAUCAUGAUGUUCCCAGCAUUCCCAUCUCAUCUUCUGUGGCCCACACAGAGCAUACAUAAGGGAAAAUAAAGAAAUUAGCAUCUCUGAUUUUACUGAACCAGAGAUUUUGAUCUUAGAUUGGUCAGUGGUAGAUGAAAACACAGAACAUCAGCCCAUAAAAAUUCAGCACAUUGUAGGAUUGUUUCCUCUUAAAUAAGUGGUCAGAAAAAAUGAAAAUAAUAAUUGUUCUUAGGCUCACUGAUGUAAAGCCAUGCUUUUCCCUGUAACUAGAAUGGAUAAUCUGUGGUCUGUGGAAACAGUCAAAGGUAUAGAUUUCCAUCAGAAAAUUGAAGGUAGCUGAAUGUAUUAGUGGAUAGGCAUAACAGCCAUUUAGGAAGUCUGUAAUGAGGUAAUUUCAAUCUCUCAGCGUUUAAGCUCCAGCUAAAUACUCUCUAACAGAAGUUAAGGCUGUUAUUGAUAAACACAUCUAGAUCUUUAUGUUUUAUUAAGAAGUUGGAUGCACAAAAAAAGGAAGGGCCUACCACUGAACUUUAAAGACUUUAAAAAGCUACUGAGGAACCAACUAGUUCCUUAACAAUUACAGACCCUUUGGAAAAAGUCUCAGUGGAAGUUAACGACAAUGUGACGUUUACCAAUACCUGCUUUCUUUGGUGUAGCCUUCUUUAGAACUAGUUUCAGACCACAGGAAAGAGAAGCUUGCUGUGCCAUACAGCAGUGAUCUGUGAAGUCAGAUCUGCAGGAUUCUGUCUCCCUUUCCAGGGUGGAUAUCAGAUUUCCCCUUGAAAGCAAGCUGGAACACAAGUCAACCAACAAUAUUAAAAGUUUAAGACUAAGUGAAAGGAUUUUCAAAGAUACAAAUGACAGCUAGACGCUUCAUUCCCAUUAACUGACCUAAAUACUAUAUCUUCCUUUAAAGAUCUUUCUGACUGAAGCUAGGCUCCUAAAUUUACAUCAGGCAUCUCCAGAAAGUGUUUUUAUUUUCCGAAUGACAGCCUCUGAAACCUCUCUCCACAUCUUUCAGGCUUAAUGCUUCCAAAUACAAGCUGUUUAACUAUACCAUGUACUUUUUACAGAGCCCUAAUAUCAAGCACCUAUAUUUGUAAGCAUUCUUCCCCUCGGUCCAGGU